AGGUACCGACGCCCCCAGAACUCUCUUUCUCUCUCGCUCUCUCUACGAAGCACCAUUUUCAAACUCUCUCUGUCCCUCCCUUUUAAAGCUCUCACUUUCUCCCUGUAUUCAACUUUCUCUCUCUCUUAGGGUUUCUGAUAUGGAAGAUCUCUGCUGAAGAUUCAGCUGUAAUUUGCAUUCUGAUAAGGAAAUAAUUACAAGAACUGAAGCAUAUUGCCGUAAUUGGCCAUGGAUCAAUCAGACCAGACACAAAAUCAGCAACAGCAACAGCAGCAACCUAUGGUGGGAGUUGCAGCAGGUGCCAGCCAAAUGGCCUAUGGUCCUCCCUACCAAACUUCUCCCAUGGUGGCAUCUGGAACUCCUGCUGUAACUGUUCCUUCUCCAACCCAGCCCCCCACAACUUUUGCUAAUACCUCACACCAGCUUGCCUACCAGCAAGCCCAGCACUUCCACCAUCAGCAGCAGCAGCAACAACAACAGCAGCUUCAGAUGUUCUGGGCCAACCAAAUGCACGAAAUCGAGCAAACAACUGACUUCAAGAAUCACAGCCUACCCCUUGCUCGGAUUAAGAAAAUAAUGAAAGCUGAUGAGGAUGUUCGAAUGAUCUCGGCAGAGGCUCCAGUCAUAUUUGCAAAGGCAUGUGAAAUGUUCAUCUUGGAGUUGACUUUGCGCUCUUGGAUCCACACAGAAGAGAACAAAAGGAGGACAUUACAAAAGAAUGAUAUUGCAGCUGCCAUUUCGAGGACUGACGUCUUUGAUUUCUUGGUUGAUAUUAUUCCUAGAGAUGAAUUGAAAGAGGAGGGACUUGGGGUCACCAAGGGUACUAUUCCAGUAGUGGGUUCCCCGGCUGAUAUUCCAUAUUAUUACGUUCCACCGCAGCAUGCCGUCGGACCUACAGGAAUGAUCAUGGGAAAGCCAGUUGACCAAGGAGCGAUGUAUGCUACGCAACAGCCUCGACCGCCUAUGGCUUUCAUGCCGUGGCCACAGACUCAACAGCAGCAACCGCCGCAACAGCAGCAAACAGACUCUUGAUGACUAUGGACAAGGUAAGCGACGGGUGUUUUCAGGCACCCUUUCCAUUGUUAGAGAUGAAUUUCCAGUGGUAUCUUCUAGUGAGUGGUAGCUGUAGUGUUAGUUGAUAGCUGUAAUAUUAAGUGGAUGAUGACAAGCAUGUGAGGUGGUUGUAUUAUGUAUGGGCUUGUAUUUGCUCUUGUUUAGAAGUUUGUCUCAAUGUGGAUUGAUGGUUAGUUUGCUCUAGCAGAGGAUGCAAAAGCUGUUAUCUUGUCCCAAAAAGAGGAAAUCUGUACUCAUUAUACAGCUAACGAGUGUUGAUUUUCAGUAUUCAACAGUUAUUGAUUUUAGAACCAAUUUGUGGUA